ACUAAAACAAAUUCAUGCUGUAUGCUCCUCUGUGCUAGCCGAAAGAUACUUAGACAGGUUACAAUCAUAUUUAAUUAAUAAUAACGUUCAAACCUGAUAUUUUGACUGCCAGAGGAGAUGCGCAUUGUCAUCCUUUUGGACGGUUGGUGGCUACAACGCAGCUAGAGCUAGCUAGUUUAACGGUCUUGUGUUACCUCCUCUGGACUGGGAUUGUUUGGACCAUAAAGGAGUAAGAAUGCCUCAGUCAGCAGCUACCAUCAGUGGGAUCCAGAGGAUGGUUCUGUACGAAACCAGAGCCAGGUAUUUUUUGGUGGGGAGCAAUCAGGCACAGACCAAACACCGUGUCCUGAAGAUUGACCGCACAGAACCCAAGGACUUGGUCAUAAUUGAUGAUAAGCAUGUUUACAACCAGCAAGAGGUGCGGGAGUUACUGGGCCGCCUGGACCUGGGCAACCGCACCAAAAUUGGCCAAAAGGGUUCGUCUGGCUUGUCCAGGGCAGUCUCAGCCUUCGGCAUUGUGGGGUUCGUACGUUUCCUCGAGGGCUACUACAUUGUGUUGAUCACCAAGCGCAGAAAGAUGGCUGACAUCGGUGGCCACUCCAUCUACAAAAUUGAAGACACCAGCAUGAUAUAUAUCCCCAAUGACUCGGUCAGGGUCACACACCCAGAUGAAGCAAGAUAUGUGCGGAUCUUUCAAAAUGUGGAUCUAUCCAGCAACUUUUACUUCAGCUACAGUUAUGAUCUGAGCCACUCGCUGCAGUACAACCUGACUUUGCUACAGAGGCCGUAUGAGUUGUGGACGUCAACAGCCUCCUCCGCUGAGGAAGAGGUACACACGCAGAGCAAGCAGGACAGCUUCGACAUCUUUGAAGAAGAGGGGCUGCCUACGCAAGUGGUUUAUGGCCUCCAGAACGAGCCGUACUACAAAUAUGUGUGGAACGGGAAGUUGCUGGAACGAGUCAAGGACAUAGUGCAUCAUGACUGGCUCAUGUAUAUAAUCCACGGCUUCUGCGGACAGUCCAAGCUUCUGAUCUAUGGCCGACCGGUUCACAUCACCCUCAUUGCCAGGCGCUCCAGUAAAUUCGCGGGGACCCGAUUCCUCAAAAGAGGAGCCAACUGUGAGGGGGAUGUAGCUAAUGAGGUGGAGACGGAGCAGAUCGUCCACGACGCCUCAGUCAUGUCUUACACAGCAGGAAGUUACUCCUCAUACGUCCAGGUGCGAGGUUCAGUGCCGCUCUACUGGUCCCAGGACAUUUCCACCAUGAUGCCGAAACCCCCGAUACGAUUGGACCAAGCUGACCCGUACGCCCAUGUAGCUGGCCUCCAUUUUGACCAGAUGCUGCAGCGGUUUGGCUCACCUAUUAUCAUCCUUAACCUGGUUAAGAAACGAGAAAAAAGGAAACAUGAGAAGAUUCUGAGCGAAGAGCUUUAUCCAGCUGUGAUCAACCUCAAUCAGUUCCUUCCUCCAGACCACUGCAUCGACUACAUCGCCUGGGACAUGGCCCGCUACACCAAGAGUAAAUUGUGCAAUGUCUUGGACCGUCUGGGUAUGAUAGCAGAGAAUGUGGUGAAGAGAACAGGUUUCUACAUUAAUCGAUCAGACUUCUACUGUCAUACCAUCAGACCAGAUGACAGAUGGGGAGAUGUGGGUGGACACAUCACAGCCAGUGGACGGGUGCAGACUGGUGUGUUGCGGACCAACUGUGUGGACUGUCUGGACCGGACCAAUACCGCACAGUUCAUGGUUGGAAAGUGUGCGCUUGCCUAUCAGCUUUAUGCACUGGGAAUGAUUGACAAGCCCAAGCUCCAGUUUGAUACUGACUGUGUGAGGUUGUUUGAGGAGCUGUAUGAGGACCAUGGAGACACUCUGUCACUGCAGUACGGCGGCUCCCAGCUGGUCCACAGGGUCAAGACCUACCGGAAGAUUGCCCCCUGGACACAGCACUCCAAAGACAUCAUGCAGACGUUGUCUCGUUACUACAGCAAUGCUUUCUCAGACGCUGACAGACAGGAUGCCAUCAACUUGUUUCUCCAAGUCUACCAGCCAUUGGAGACCAAGCCGCACCUGUGGGAGCUGCCCACUGACUUCUAUCUACAUCAGAGGAACACUAUGGCCCUCCCCCAAGACAGACGCAGCUACACACUGUGGUGGUCAGAGGGAAUCCUGUCCUAUCUUCCUGUGGCCUAUGAUGAAGUUCCCUGUGUUGACACUAUGAAGAAGGUCAAAGUGAAGAGAGUGAACCGUUUCGAUGAGAGUAUUGACAUCUACACAGAAUUCUUUAAACCUUAUGAAAUCACCUCCUUUGACGACACCUUCUGCAUCGCCAUGACCAACUCUGCAAGGGAAUUUAUGCCCAAGACAGUAGGAGUGGAUCCAAGCCCAUUCACAGUUCGGAAGCCAGAGGAAACAGGGAAAUCAGUGCUUGGCAACAAGAGCAACAAGGAGGAGACUCUGCUCCAGAGGAAGACUGCAGCCAGUGCACCUCCUCCCCCAAGUGAGGAGGCCAUCUCUAGCACCUCAGAGGAUGACUCAGAGGAGGACCGCGACGACGACGGAUCCGUUUCCCAGCGCUCCACCCCAAUCAAACUGCUAACAGAGUCUGGAGAGAGCAACCGCACUCAAGAGGAGAUCCAGCCGCAUGUUGUUAAAGAGCCCUACGGAAUCAAUCUGGCUGAGUUUCCCUCUGAGCAAGAUCUGCUCACCUAUAAGAGGUUUGCACAACUGGGCGAGAGCGAGCACAGGGUGGAGAGAACUGAGCACAUAAACCUGGCAAACAUCAGCUUCUUGGAGCCAGUUUCCUGCUUCCCAGAGGACAGCAUCUACGCCGUUUCUUCUCCGCAGGUCGACAGAGACAGCCGCGAUGUGUUUGACAGUCAUGUGAUGACAGGCCAGGGACAUGUGAGGGCGCUGUGCAGGGACGACAUGUUGAUGUACAGGGAGUACGUCAAGAACAGAUACAUGUGAAAUGACAACAUGGAAUGGAUUUAUGUUACCAUUAUCCAUUUUCAGGAUCAUCAGCUUGAACAUUCCGACUUUAACAUUUAAGUUACGAUUCUUUCUUUGUGGCUCUAAGAUAACGCAGAACAAGUUUUGUUGCAUUAGCAAAUCAUUUUGUACGUACUACCCUUUUCUUCGUGUUUUUUCUUCUUUCUGCUGGGAGAAGACUGUUCAUAAUGACAGUAAUGGUGCAUGAACAACCAAUAAGUCCUGCCAUUGGACAAAAAUGAUGCUUGAAUUGAUUUUUUUAUUUUAAUAAGUCAUUUUAGUGUUUUAAUUCUUUAUUUCUUCAGUCAGACGUGCCUUAACAGGCUACAGUGCUUUUUAUUUUAUCAGUUAAAUUUUAAUUGCGACUUUUUUAGAAGAAAGUUUAUUUAACUAUGAUAGAUGUAAAUUUCAAACAUGUAAAUUAAUGUAAAUUGUUUUGAAUCUUAAAAAAUGGAAAACAAUGUGAUGGCAGGCCUGAAGGGUCCUACCUCAGUGACAGAUGUUCUUCAGGUUUUAAUUUUUGUUUUUAUUCCUUUUGUUGAAUCAGUUUCAGGUCAUUUGAAAACACUGUUGACCAACAGUCUUACAUGAUGUAAGUUGUUACAUGUACAAGUAAUUGAAUGUCCAGUUAAUACUCUUUUCCCUUUUGAGCAGUGCACUAUGCAAUAUAAUAAAACCUGAAUUAUGGUGUUUCUCUAUGGAUGAAACUCAUGACUAAUACCCUGAUAUUUUCACUGUAAGUUAACAAGAUUGCCUUCUAAUUUUUGCUUUUUAUAAAUGCAUUUCUGAGAUGUCAGGUGAUCAUUAUGUACAGCAAUUCUAAAUUAAACAUUUAUUU